GUCAGCGCCAUGUUAUUGCUCUGACGCUGCGGCUCCGCAACAGGUCGGAGGCGGAUCGCGGUGCCGCGCUGCAGGCGGAGGUGGCCCGGCCGCCACUGCCGCUGUUGGGCUCGGAGGAGGUGCGGAUCCCAGCAGGGAAGGAGAUGGCCAGUAGCUAGCAAGGCGUGGUCAUGACCAUGAUGGCUCAGUUUCCCACAGCCAUGAAUGGUGGCCCAAAUAUGUGGGCAAUCACCUCAGAGGAACGAAUCAAACAUGACCAGCAAUUUAUAAGUCUUAAACCACUUGGAGGAUUGCUUUCAGGUGAGCAAGCUCGUACUUUCUUUCUGCAAUCUGGUUUACCAAAGCUAGUACUAGCUGAAAUAUGGACCCUUGCCGACUUGAACAAGGAUGGAAAGAUGGACCAGCAGGAAUUCUCCAUUGCAAUGAAACUGAUAAAGAUGACCCUUCAGGGUCACCCAGUUCCCACCAUUCUCCCACUUGUCAUGAAGCAGCCCCCAAUCCCUUCGCCUUUGAACUCUGCACGAUUUGGUAUGGGAAGUAUGCCAAAUCUCUCUGCCCCACCAAACAUGCCUUCAUUUGCUUCCUUGGCUCCCACAUCAUCAUUGACAUCAGUGUCCACCUUGCCACCUCUGAAUAUGUCAGUUCCCCUGAUGCCAGCUGUUAGUCCAUCAGCCUUUGCAAAUGGUACAUCUGUCCUCAUUCAGCCUUUAUCUGCACAGAGUUCUGCAACACUUCCUCAUACCGGGCCUCUGAGACCGACGAUAGCAGGAUAUGGAGGCACUGGCCUUCACAAGGCACAGUCACUGAUUGAUCUUGGCUCCAGCAGCAGUUCAUCAUCAUCCACUGCAUCUCUUGCCUCACCCAAAAUGAGUUCCUCUGACUGGGGAGUUCCUCAGUCUAGCAGGCUCAAAUAUCGACAAGUCUUCAACAGCCUUGACAAAUCAAUGAGUGGUUACCUGUCAGGUCCUCAAGCCAGGAAUGCACUUGUUCAGUCCAAUUUGUCACACAAUCAACUAGCAACCAUAUGGAACCUGGCAGAUGUUGAUCAGGAUGGAAAGCUCAGAGCAGAAGAGUUUAUUUUAGCUAUGCAUUUAAUUGACAUGGCUAAGUCUGGUCAGCCUCUUCCCAUCACUCUUCCGCCAGAACUGACACCUCCUUCAUUUAGAUCAAGCAAAUGGGGUGAAGGAAUAAAUGGAACACAACCUCAGUAUCAGGAAAUGGCAGAGGAAAUCCAGGAAGCCCAGAAAAAGUCACCUGUCACUUUCGAGGAUAAAAGAAAAGCAAACUAUGAAAAGGGUAAUGCAGAGUUGGAGCGAAGGCGACAGACCCUUCUGGAACAGCAACAGCGGGAGGCAAAUCGCAGAGCACAGCGUGAGAAAGAGGAGCAGGAGAGAAAGGAGCGAGAGCUGCAAGAGCAGGAACGGAAAAAGCAGCUUGAAUUGGAGAAAAGGUUGGAGAAGCAACGUGAACUCGAACGUCAAAAGGAAGAACAAAGGAGGAAAGAAGUAGAAAAGCGAGAGGCAGCUAAGCAGGAACUUGAACGCCAGCGACAGAUUGAGUGGGAGCGAAUCCGGCGACAGGAACUCCUUAACCAACGGAACAGAGAACAAGAUGAGAUUGUCCAGUUAAAGGCUAAAAGGAAAAGUCUGGAACUUGAACUGGAGGCAUUAAGUGAGAAGCAGCGAAAUGUUGCAAGCAAAGUACAGGAAGUGAAGAGCAGAAAAGCAGUUCAAGAAAAUGAACUUAACCUCAUAAAUCAAAAGCAUGACCAGAGGCGAACAGAAGUAAACGUUUUGCAGCAACAGCUUCAGGAAUGUCAGAUUAUGCUGAAUCAGCUCAUUCCUGUGAAGCAGGCAUUGAGUAACCAAAUGAAAGAAUUUCAGCCCAACUCUAACCAGAGCCUUGAGCUGUUGAAGCAUAACCACACUGAAAAGAGAGAGUCUUGUGAACGGCUUCAUCAGCAACUGAAGGAACUGGAGAAAGAGACAGCUGACAAACUUUCUGAAAUGGAUGCUUUUAACAGCCAAUUGAAGUGUGAGGAAAUGGACGACUUUGUACUUGAGUGCCUUCUCUCUCUGCUGGGCUGUCUCAGCAGCUUGUUCCUUUUAUUGAAGGAACUACGAGAAAGCUACACAAAACAGCAGUUUGCUUUGGAGCAGCUCUAUAGAAUCAAAGAUGAUAAAAUUCGAGCACUUGAAAGAAAAAAAAGUGAAGAGCUAGCAAGGAAAAAAAAGCAAGAGGAGGAUGCUUUGAGAAAAGCAAAACAAGAAAAAGAAAAUACUUGGAAAUUAAAUGUCAAAAAAGAAGGGGAGGUAAAGCAACGACAGCUGGAGGAAGAACGACUUCAAGAUAAAAUCCGUGAGGAAGAAAAUAGGAAAAAAGAAGAAUCUGCUGCCAAGCAAAGGGAAGUGGAAGCACAAAGUAAAAGACUUGCUGAGGAGAAGCAACGCCACGAAGAAGAGGAGAAAAAAAGGCAUGCACAACUUCAAAGGGAAGCCGAGGAGAAGCACCGUCAUGAAGAAGAGGAGAAAAAGAGACGUGCACUGCUUCAGAGAGAAGCCGAAGAGAAGCGUCAUCUUGAAGAGGAAAUGAAAAGGAAAGCUCAGACUCAAAAAGAAGAGGAGACGAAACGUCAGCGUGAAGAGGAAGAAAAGAGAAGACAAGAAGCCAUGAAACGAGAUGAGUCUGAGAAACCUCAGGGAAAGACUGAUGUUCAAGUUAAAGCCAAAGAACUAAUGAAACACUUUGAUGAUAAGCCAAUAUAUGGAUCAAGGAAAGAAGUGCCAAUCAACAAAAGUAAAAUCUCCAUGCAUAGAAAGUCUGCUGUCUUGACAAAUUAUCGAGCAUUAUAUCCAUUUGAAGCAAGAAAUAAUGAUGAACUCAGCUUUCAGACAGGAGAUCUAAUAGAGGUUGAUGAAACAGCUGAGGGGGAGUCAAGCUGGCUCUAUGGGACUUUGCAAGGAAAAGCUGGUUGGUUCCCAGUAAACUACGUGGAGAAGGUGACAGAGAAUGCAGCUUCUUUAUCCCCCAAAAGGGCUUUAUUGCCACCCUCAAAACCUGUUUCAACUACCUCAAUUUCUCCGGGACCUCAGGCUCAAAGUAAAUUAGGUGAAGAAGGGAAUAUUCAAUCAAGUCGAACCUUUUCGGGGAUAAGUGGCAGUCCCAUGUGGCAAAAAUCUGCUUUUACACCAACUCUUCCUCCUGGUUCUGGGUCACCUAUUUAUGAUCAGGUUGAAAGUGUAAAAGCUUUUAAAGCCCUGGCACUCUGUUCAUGGACAGCAAAGAAAGAGAACCAUCUGAAUUUUUCAAAAGAUGAUGUAAUUGAUGUCCUGGAGCAGCAGGAUAACUGGUGGUUUGGAGAGGUUCGUGGUGCAAAGGGUUGGUUUCCCAGGUCAUACGUCAAGGUGAUCAGUGAGCAAGCACAGCUAUCAGUGGAAUCUGGACCUGUUUAUGCAUCAGUGGUUAAAAGCUCCAGCCCUGUCUCCCAGGCAGGAGAAGAGUAUAUUGCACUAUAUUCAUAUGAAAGUACUGAAACUGGAGAUUUAACCUUCACUGCGGGUGAGGUGGUUCUGGUCACUAAGAAAGAUGGAGAAUGGUGGACAGGAGUUAUUGAUGAUAGAACAGGCGUCUUUCCUUCAAAUUAUGUGAAACCAAAGGAUCCAGAUGGGUCAAGUAGUUCAGGAAAAUCGGGAACAUUAAACAAGAAACCAGAGAUUGCUCAAGUAACCUCAGCAUACACUGCAACAGGUACUGAGCAGCUAAGUCUUGUUCCUGGCCAGUUGAUACUUAUUUUGAAGAAAAAUGCCUCUGGAUGGUGGCAGGGUGAAUUGCAGGCUAGAGGUAAAAAACGUCAAAAGGGAUGGUUUCCUGCAAGUCAUGUUAAACUGCUCGGGCAAAGUAGUGGAAAAUCCACACCGGCUCCAGCUUCAGUCUGUCAGGUCAUAGCAAUCUAUGACUAUACUGCCGUGAAUGAAGAUGAACUCAGUUUUUCCAAAGGUCAGCUUAUCAAUGUGAUUAAUAAGGAUGAUCCAGAUUGGUGGCAGGGAGAGUUGAAUGGAAUGAAUGGCUUAUUUCCUUCCAAUUACGUCAAGACAACUGUAGACUCCGAUCCAAGUCAGCAGUGGUGUGCUGACCUCUAUUGCCUUGAUACCAUGCAACCUAUGGAAAGAAAACGCCAAGGUUAUAUUCAUGAACUGAUUCAGACUGAAGAGAGGUACAUGGAUGAUUUGCAACUGGUUUUAGAGGUUUUUGAGAAACAGAUGGCUGAAUCCAAGCUUAUGACAGAAUCUGAGCUGCGAACCAUUUUUGUGAACUGGAAAGAACUCAUCAUGUCAAACACCAAGCUCUUCAAGGCUUUGCGUGUGAGGAAAAAGACUGGUGGAGAGAAAAUGCCUGUACAGAUGAUUGGAGACAUCCUGGCCACAGAACUGUCACACAUGCAGGCUUACAUUCGGUUUUGUAGUUGCCAGCUAAAUGGAGCAGCUAUACUUCAGCAGAAAACUGAUGAAGAACCAGAAUUUAAAGAUUAUCUUAAGAAAUUGGCUUCUGACCCUCGAUGUAAAGGGAUGCCACUUUCCAGCUUCUUACUAAAGCCAAUGCAGAGAAUUACACGUUAUCCACUUAUUAUUAAGAACAUUUUGGAAAACACUCCAGAGGUCCAUGCAGACCAUAGCCAUUUAAAGUUAGCAUUGGAGCGUGCAGAGGAGCUGUGUUCCCAAGUGAAUGAGGGUGUGCGUGAGAAGGAAAACUCCGACCGGCUAGAAUGGAUUCAGUCACAUGUUCAGUGUGACGGACUAGCAGAGCACAUUACUUUUAACUCCAUAACAAAUUGUUUGGGACCACGGAAGCUGCUGCACAGUGGAAAACUUUACAAAACAAAGAGCAACAAAGAGUUAUAUGGCUUCCUUUUCAAUGAUUUCCUGCUGCUCACCUACAUUGCAAAGCAGUCAUUUAUUUCAUCGGGCUCUGAGAAACUCUUCAGCUCUAAAUGUAACUCACAAUUUAAAAUGUACAAAACGCCUAUUUUCUUGAAUGAAGUUCUUGUGAAACUCCCGACUGAUCCAUCAAGUGAUGAUCCGGUCUUUCAUAUUUCACACAUUGAUAGGGUGUACACACUCAGAGUGGAAUCCUUAAAUGAGAGGACUGCCUGGGUUCAAAAGAUUAAAGCAGCUUCAGAACAGUUUAUAGAGACAGAGAAAGGAAAACGUGAAAAGGCUUAUCAAGCACGCUCACAGAAGACAAGUGGAAUAGGACGACUUUUGGUGAGCAUAAUUGAGGCAACAGAACUGAAACCCUGCCGAGCAAAUGGAAAGAGCAAUCCUUACUGUGAAGUCACCAUGGGAUCCCAAUGUUACACAACCAGAACUCUAUCCGACACGUUGAACCCAAAGUGGAACUUUAACUGCCAGUUUUUUAUCAAGGACCUUUACCAGGAUGUAUUAUGUAUCACAGUCUUUGAAAGAGAUCAAUUUUCACCUGAUGAUUUCCUGGGUCGGACAGAGGUCCCAGUGGCAACAAUCAAAAAGGAGCAAGAAGGCAAAGGGCCAACUACAAAACGUCUUCUUUUGCAUGAAGUGCCGACAGGGGAGGUAUGGGUGCGUCUUGAUCUUCAAUUGUAUGAACAGAAGACAUUACUUUGAAGUUCAGGCUUCAAAAUUUUGUUAAUUUUGAAUGCUCAGUGAGUAAACUGGUGGCAUUGGUCAAUGGAUGACAAAAUUGGAAACGUUUCUUCCUAGAAUUCCUGAGAAAGCCUGACAAAUGAAACCUCAACCAAAAUACACUGUGAUACUCAGCAAUGGUCAUAGCCAACUAGGUGCCAGUUUUGUUAUUGAUUGAAGACAUGAGUUUUUGGCCUUUCUUUUGCCAUUCUGUGUCUGUUUUUCCCUUGUCACAAAAACUGUUCACCAGAAAUCAAUAAGGAACAUGUAAUGCAGAUUUCAUCAAUUUGGCAAUGAGGGAAUCAGAUUAUUUCCCCACAACCUCACCACACACC